AUGGGACAAGCUCUGGGUAUCAAGAGCUGUGACUUACAAGUGGCAGAAAACAAUGAGGAGCACCACACCAAAGCCAUCAGCUCCAGGCACCUUGUCUUGAGGAGGGGACAGUCCUUCACCAUUACCCUGACGUUCCGUUUCCCGGUCCACAAAUUUCUGACUGCCCUGAAGAAAGUGACUCUCCUUGCACAAACCGGAGAGCAGCCUUCCAAGGCCAACAAGACUCAAGCCAUAUUCCCAAUUUCCUCUCUGGGGGACCGAAAAGGAUGGAGUGCAGCAGUGGAAGAAAGAGAUGCCCAGAGCUGGACCAUCUCUGUGAGCACGCCUGUGGAUGCUGUCAUUGGCCACUACUCACUCCUGCUUCAGGUGUCAGGCAGGACACAAUACCCCCUGGGCCAAGUCACACUGCUCUUUAAUCCCUGGAAUAGAGAUGACGCUGUGUUUCUUCAGAAUGAGGCCCAACGCACUGAAUACGUACUGAACCAAAAUGGCCUUAUCUACCUGGGCACCGCUGCCUGCAUUCAGGAGGAGCCCUGGGACUUUGGUCAGUUUGAGAGAGAUGUCAUGGACCUCAGCCUGAACUUACUGAGUGUGGACAAGCAAGUGGAAAAAUGGAACCAACCUGCACAUGUAGCCCGUGUAGUGGGUGCCUUGCUGCAUGUUCUCAUGAAGAAGAGUGUCCUGCCGAUUUCACAGACCCAGGCUGCCCAGGAAGGGACCUCACUCUACAAGCGACGGGGCAGUGUGCCUAUACUUCGGCAGUGGCUCACUGGCCAAGGACGACCCGUGUAUGAGACUCAGGCCUGGGUGUUCGCUGCUGUUGCUUGCACAGUGCUACGCUGUCUGGGCAUCCCAGCACGUGUCGUUACCACAUUUGCUUCAGCCCAGUGUACCAAUGGGAGCCUGCUGGUGGAUGAGUACUACAAUGAGGAGGGACUCCUGAAUGGAGAAGGACAGAAGGGCCGUAUCUGGGUCUUCCAAACUUCUAUAGAAUGCUGGAUGAACAGACCUGAUUUGCCCCAGGGUUAUGACGGAUGGCAGAUUCUGCACCCAAGAGCUCCUAAUGGAAUUGGAGUCCUGGAAUCUUGCAGUCUGGUCCCAGUCAGAGCAGUCAAGGAAGGGGAACUUCAGCUGGACCCAGCAGUAUCAGACCUUUUUGCUGCGGUAAAUGCCACGUGCGUGGUCUGGAAGUGCUGUGAAGAUGGGAAAUUAGAACUGACCGACUCCAGGCAAAAGUAUGUUGGCAAUAGCAUCAGCACCAAGGUCAUGGCCAGUGACCGCUGUGAAGACAUCACCCAGAACUACAAGUAUCCUGAAGGAUCUCCUCAAGAAAAAGAGGUACUGGAGAAAGUCCAGAAAGAAAGGAGGAAACACAGGAAAGACAACAAUGCCAUGUAUCCUCCAAGUUGUGAGUCUGUUGAUCCCCUGCAUCUGUUCUUGGACACACCUAGCUCCAUCCCCUUCGGAGGGGAUGGUCAUGUCUUAGUGACCCUGACUAAUCCCACGGACCAGGAGAAGGAGGUACAUCUGGUGAUUAGGGCCCAGGCUGUGUACUACAAUGGAGUCUUCGCCACUGAUCUCUGGAGGCGGAAGCAGUCCUUUGGGCUUCGAACCAACCAAGUUCUGAAAAUGUCCACUAGCCUGUCCUUCUCUAAUUUUGAGCAAGACCUACCUGAGAACAGCUUCCUCAGAGUCACAGCAAUGGCAACACACUCCAAGAUCAGCCUCAGCUGCUUUGCUCAGGAAGACAUAGCCAUUGGCAGACCAACUCUUAUCAUCGAGAUGCCAGAGAGAGCAGAACAGUACCAGCCUCUCACCAUCUCAGUCCGCAUGAAGAACUCCUUAAACUGGCCCAUGCAAAACUGCAUCAUCUCCAUCUUUGGGAGGGGACUCAUUCAUAGAGAGAAGAGAUAUAGAUUGGGUUCUGUGUGGCCAGAAAGCAGGCUUUGUACUCAGUUCCAGAUCACACCAACGCAUCUGGGGCUCCAGAGACUCACUGUGGAAGUAGAUUGUGACAUCUUCCAGAACCUGACAGGCCACAGAAGUGUCCUUGUGGUGGCUCCUGAAGUUUCUGUUUAAACCCCAAACAACCCUCAAACUUCCUUCUAAAGCCAGACAUGCUCCGGAGGGAAACUGCCUAUUAGACAAAUGGGUUGAGCAGAACAGUGACCAAAACCAAGCUAGACUCACAGGAACCAAAAUCCACUUUUGUUAUGCCAAUCAAAGUCAGCCAGAAACACUGUCUUAGAAUAAACAGCUGUGCAUUAGUGAGAAAACAGGCCUUUGAAAAGACGUUCAGACAACUCUUCAAAGUUCAAUUAGAUGUUUGGACUACCUUUUCAGAGUACUUUCAGAUUUGGGGGUGGGGGGGUCAGAUGUUUUACACCAUUUUAUUGCUCGUUAAUAUAUUCAUUAACUUACAGGAAUGAAAGACAACCUGAUGUUUAAAUCACUAUUUCUGAUGACAUAGGACAAUAUUGACUAAAAAUACAAUUUUUAGGUAGUACUAAAAUUACAUUGAUUAACACUAUCCCCGGCUAUUAUUGUAAAAGAUCCAAAGAUGACUGAACACAAGUAUUAAAAAGCCGCGAGGUGGUGGUGCAUGCCUUUCAUCCCAGCACUUGGGA